CUACCAUUGACAGCCACUAAAAAGAAGCAUGGGACACCCGGUGAUCCUCGCGACAUGCUCGCUCAACCAGUGGGCGCUCGACUUUGAGGGCAACAAGGAGAGGAUCCUUCAGUCCAUCGUCGAGGCCAAGCAAAGAGGCGCGAAGCUUCGGGUCGGCCCCGAGCUCGAGAUCCCAGGGUAUGGCUGCUUCGACCACUUUCUCGAGGGCGACACGGUCCUGCACUCUUGGGAGAUUCUAUGUCAGCUUCUCACCGACGAGAAGACGCGCGGGAUCCUCUGCGAUGUCGGCAUGCCCAUCCUGCACAGAUCGACGCUGUACAACUGCCGCGUCCUGUUCCUCGACGGUCGCAUUGUCAUGAUCAGGCCCAAGAUGUGGAUGGCCAACGAUGGAAACUACCGCGAGUUGCGCUACUUUACUCCGUGGUCCAGACGAGGCGAGCUCGAUGACCACAUCCUCCCACGCAUGGUCGCUGCCGCCACUGGUCAGGAGUCGGUGCCCUUUGGAGAUGCUGUCGUGUCGACUCGUGACUCGGUCGUGGGUGUCGAGCUCUGCGAAGAGCUUUUCACACCAAACAGCCCACACAUUGCAAUGGGUCUCGACGGAGUUGAGAUCUUCAUCAACCCCAGUGCUAGUCACCACGAGCUGAGGAAGCUGCACCGGCGCGUCGACCUGAUUCGCGAGGCUACGCUCAAGCUUGGCGGCAUCUACCUCUACGCCAACCAGCAGGGGUGUGACGGCGACCGCCUGUACUACGACGGCUGUCCUCUCAUCGCUUGCAACGGCAAUAUUGUUGCACAGGGUUCGCAAUUCUCCCUCGACGACGUCCAGGUCGUCACGGCCACCAUUGACCUCGACGACGUCAGGGCAGCGCGAGCGAGCAAGAGCAGGGGUAUGCAGGCAGCUAUGGGAAAUGGGACAAUCAGGGCAGGCAAGGGCUUUGAAAGGAUCCGCGUGCCCUUUGAUCUCGGCGUCAGACAAGAAUGGACAGAUGAUACGGCCCUGCAAAGCACAAAGCCCAUCGAGACGCGGUAUCAUACGCCUGAAGAGGAGAUUGCCCUGGGGCCUGCCUGCUGGUUGUGGGACUACCUUCGCCGCUCGCGCACACAGGGUUACUUUAUUCCCCUCUCUGGAGGCAUCGAUUCGUGUGCAACGAGCGUGAUCGUUUUUAGUAUGUGCAGACUCGUCGUCAAGGCCUGCACGGGCCCCAACCCCAACGAACAGGUGCUCGCCGACGUAAGACGCAUAUGUGGCGAGUCGUCGACGUGGGUGCCCCAGCGGCCCCAGGAGGUGAGCAACAAGAUUUUCGUCACUUGCUACAUGGGCACCGAGAACUCGAGUGGCGAGACACGGCAGCGAGCAAAGGAGCUGGCCGAGGCCAUUGGGUCGUACCAUGUCGACCUCAACAUGGACAUCGUCGUCAGUGCAAUCGUCAGUUUAUUCGUCCUCGUCACCAACAAGAAGCCUCAAUUCAAGGUCCAUGGCGGGACUGCGGCCGAGAAUCUAGCGCUGCAGAACAUCCAGGCGCGGCUUAGGAUGCUCCUCGCCUACAUGUUUGCUCAGCUCGUGCCAUGGGUUCGUGGCCAGCUCGGCGGUCUCCUCGUUCUUGGCAGCGCCAAUGUAGACGAAAGCCUUCGAGGUUACCUGACGAAAUACGACUGCUCAUCGGCCGACAUUAAUCCGAUUGGCGGCAUCUCAAAGACAGAUCUGAAGAGGUUUAUCGCAUAUGCUCAGACGUCCUUUUCGCUCCCCGUGCUUGGCGAUUUUCUCAACGCCACGCCCACUGCCGAGCUUGAACCCAUCACAAAUGAGUAUGUUCAAGCGGAUGAGGCCGACAUGGGAAUGACCUAUGAUGAGCUGUCGGUCUUUGGACGAUUGCGAAAAGUCGACAAGUGCGGGCCAUACAGCAUGUUCACCAAGCUCGUCCAUGAAUGGGGCGAUCGACUGAGCCCACCAGAGAUCGCAGAAAAGGUCAAGCGCUUCUUUUUCGAAUACGCCCGCAAUCGACACAAGAUGACGACACUGACGCCGUCUUAUCACGCGGAAUCAUAUAGCCCCGACGACAACCGUUUCGAUCUCAGACCGUUUCUCUAUCCGAGCCGGUUUCCGUUGCAAUUUAAGAAAAUAGACGAGCUCGCGGCAAAGAUUCCUGACCGUAGCAAAGCGGCAAAGACUGGAUGAGGAAGGAGUCAGAAGAGGCGUGCAACGCGGACCCGUGCGCAAAUAUCGAAGCGAUCCGUGCACAGACAAAAUUUCAAAUGCCUUUCAGCCCACGUCAUCUUUCACUUGUCCCGAGGCCCCCCUCUUUAUUUCUUGUUUGCCUCUGCUUCAUUGCACCGAUCGAAAUGUGAACUAGACGAAAAUCUCUUGUCCAGAUACGGCCAUUGGCUACUGGCCCCUUUCUGUCAAUGGGCCUAUGAGAGCUGGGAUGCAAUCACGACA